UUUAUUACAGUUCCCCCAACUACCCUUUUCUCUCUCCUUAACUCUCUCUCUAUAAUUCCCUCCCUCUCACUCUGUAGAUUGUCUGCAACUAUCUCUCUCUCUCCCUUUCUUUUUCCCUCUCUCUCUCCAUUCCUUUCCUGUAUCUUCUGCUGUUACUCCAUCGCAUUCCCUGUCCUCAAAUUUCUAUAACUCCGUGAAAAAAAAGCCGUUGUUUUCAACUCACUCUCCAGCAUUAUUUUCUCACAAUAACUAUUUGAGCUUUCCACUUCUCUCCCUCCCUCUCUCUCUCUCUCUCUCUCUCUCUCUCUCUCUUGAGCUUUCUACUUCUCUCUCUCUCUCCUCUGCUUCCGAUGGAAGUGUCGGCGGCGACGGAGAACUGCUGCGUAAAAGUCGCCGUCCACAUCCGCCCACUCAUCGGCGAUGAGCGGCUCCAAGGCUGUGUCGAUUGCGUUACCGUGGUCCCCGCGAAACCUCAGGUGCAAAUUGGCACUCAUUCAUUUACAUUUGAUCAUGUCUACGGCAGUACCGGUUCUUCACCAUCUGCCAUGUUUGAAGAGUGUGUUGCUCCACUUGUCGAUGGUUUAUUCCAAGGAUAUAAUGCGACUGUUCUCGCUUAUGGUCAGACGGGUUCAGGGAAAACCUACACGAUGGGUACUAGCUUUAAAGAUGGUAGCCAAACCGGAUUGAUUCCUCAAGUUAUGAAUGCUUUGUUCAGCAAGAUUGAAACUCUGAAGCAUCAAACUGAAUUUCAGUUGCAUGUUUCCUUCAUUGAGAUCCUAAAAGAAGAAGUACGAGACUUGCUGGAUCCCACAGCUGUGAAUAAAUCAGAAACUACAAAUGGGCAUGUCGGGAAAGUAACUGUUCCUGGGAAGCCGCCCAUACAAAUUCGUGAGACAUCAAAUGGGGUUAUCACUCUCGCAGGAUCAACUGAAGUUGGUGUCACAACCCUAAAAGAAAUGGCCGCCUACCUGGAACAGGGAUCUUUGAAUAGGGCGACAGGAAGCACAAACAUGAAUAAUCAGUCCAGUCGUUCACAUGCCAUCUUCACCAUCACAUUAGAGCAAAUGCGUAAGGUCAAUUCAGCUAUCCCUGGUGAUAACAGUCUUAAUGAUAUGAGCGAAGAAUAUUUAUGUGCCAAAUUGCACUUAGUGGAUCUUGCGGGAUCAGAGCGAGCCAAAAGAACAGGUUCUGAUGGCCUUCGUUUUAAGGAAGGAGUUCACAUAAACAAGGGUCUUCUUGCACUUGGUAAUGUUAUCAGCGCACUUGGUGAUGAAAAAAAGAGGAAAGAAGGUGUACAUGUACCUUAUCGAGACAGUAAACUUACUAGGCUUUUGCAGGAUUCCCUUGGUGGUAACAGCAGAACAGUCAUGAUUGCCUGCAUCAGUCCUGCUGAUAUAAAUGCGGAGGAAACUCUUAACACACUAAAGUAUGCAAAUCGUGCUCGGAACAUCCAGAAUAAGCCUGUUGUCAACAGAGAUCCGAUGUCCAGUGAGAUGUUGAAGAUGCGCCAACAGUUAGAAUACUUACAGGCGGAACUUUGUGCACGUGGGGGAGGAGCUUCAUCUGGUGAAAUGCAGGUUCUAAAAGAAAGGAUUGCAUGGCUUGAGGCUACUAACGAGGAUCUUUGUCGGAAACUUCAUGAAUAUCACAGCAGAUGUGCUGUUACAGAGCAAUUUGAAACAGACAUUCAAGUUGGUAGCACCUGUUCUAUGAAAAAUGAAGGACUUAAGAGGGGCUUGCAAAGCAUUGACUCGACUGAUUAUCAAAUGGGUGACAAUAUGACAGCUGAUACUGGGGAAAUUGAUGAAGAAGUAGCAAAAGAGUGGGAGCAUACGCUCCUGCAGAAUUCUAUGGAUAAAGAGUUGAAUGAGUUAAAUAGACGUUUGGAGCAGAAAGAGUCGGAGAUGAAACUUGUUGGAGGAUUUGACACAGUGGCCCUUAAGCAGCAUUUUGGAAAGAAAAUCAUGGAACUUGAGGAUGAGAAAAGAACUGUUCAGCAAGAAAGGGAUCGUUUAUUGGCUGAAGUAGAGAAUCGUGCUGCUAAUACAGAUGGACAUACACAGAAAUUUCAAGAUGUCCAUGCCCAGAAACUAAAAGCACUUGAGGCACAGAUUCAGGACCUUAAGAAAAAACAAGAGAACCAGGUUCAGCUUUUAAAGCAAAAGCAGAAAAGUGAUGAAGCAGCAAAACGGUUGCAAGAAGAAAUACAGUUCAUCAAGGCACAAAAGGUUCAAUUGCAACACAAGAUAAAACAAGAGGCAGAACAAUUUCGACAAUGGAAGGCCUCUCGUGAAAAGGAACUGCUGCAGUUACGGAAGGAAGGGAGGAGGAACGAGUAUGAAAGGCAUAAGUUACAAGCUCUAAAUCAGCGUCAGAAACUUGUGCUUCAAAGAAAAACUGAAGAGGCUGCAGUGGCCACCAAGAGGCUAAAAGAAUUGCUAGAAGCACGCAAGUCUGUAUCCCGUGACAACUCUGCAAUUACCAAUGGAAAUGGGGCAAAUGGUCAGAUCAAUGAAAAAUCCUUGCAACGUUGGCUUGAUCACGAGCUUGAAGUCAUGGUGAAUGUUCAUGAAGUACGCUAUGAAUAUGAGAAGCAAAGCCAAGUAAGAGCUGCCCUAGCAGAGGAGUUAGCAGUGUUGAGACAAGUUGACGAAUUUGCUUCAAAGGGGCUUACCCCUCCUAAAGGAAAGAAUGGGUUUUCCAGGGUGUCCUCAAUGUCCCCAAAUGCGAGAAUGGCAAGAAUAUCGUCUCUUGAGAACAUGCUUAGCAUUUCAUCACAUUCACUCGUAGCAAUGGCUUCACAACUUUCGGAAGCGGAAGAAAGGGAGCGUGCCUUCAGUAAUCGCGGACGGUGGAACCAGUUGCGUUCAAUGGGAGAUGCAAAGAGCUUACUUCAGUAUAUGUUCAAUUCCCUCGCGGAUGCAAGGUGCCAAAUUUGGGAGACAGAAAUGGAGACUAAGGAGAUGAAAGAACAACUGAAAGAACUUGUAGGUCUACUGAGACAGAGUGAAUUACGGAGAAAGGAGGUUGAGAAGGAACUAAAACUCAGAGAACAAGCUGGUGCGAUUGCAUUGGCCUCUUCAGCUUCGGAUAACUCUCCCAAUUCUCUGAAACACUUUGCUGAUGACAUGAGUGGUCCCUUGUCUCCAAUGUCUGUUCCGGCACCGAAACAGCUCAAAUAUACAGCUGGCAUUGCUAAUGGUUCAGUGAGAGAGUCAGCAGCCUUUAUGGAUCAGACACGAAAGAUGGUACCAAUUGGGCAGUUGUCAAUGAAGAAAUUAUCAGCUGUAGGCCAAGCUGGUGGGAAGCUAUGGAGGUGGAAGAGAAGUCACCACCAGUGGCUUUUACAGUUCAAAUGGAAGUGGCAGAAACCCUGGAGACUCUCAGAGUGGAUCAGGCACAGUGAUGAAACAAUCAUGAAGGCAAGGCCUCGGCCGCAGGCUCUUCCGGAUGUGAUAUAUCACCGUCGUUAGCUAGUAUUCGCUCUUGUAUAUCCAUCUUUGACUCAACACAACCCCAACACGUUACAGUGAAGGGCCUAAAAGUAAUUACAGGUAAUCUCACUAUCUUUGAUGAAUUGGUCUUCCUUGUGAAUCUCCUAAUUAGUUUCCUAAUCUCUAGGGAACAAUGUUUUAUAUUCUAACCAUACAGUCAUCCGGAAAAGUUUCUUAUUUAUAUGACACUUGCCAAAAACAAGUUGGUCUUAAUAGAGAGUAGAGAAAUGAUUUAGCACUACCCAUUUAUAGGUUCAACUCCUCCUUUUUGUCUUUGUACAUGCGAACUUAUUACAUUUUCCUUUCGUCUGAAAAAAGAGAAUUAACAGUUAAUAGUUGAUUCAAGCCAUUAAAGACAAAACAAAGAGUGUGGAUGUAAACUAGCGGAAUGCGGAAUUACUUCCCUAAGUGAUAUUUAUAAGAAUCAUAACUAUACCAAGAUGGAUAGUGAUCUUUUGUGAAUUGUGAUUAGUUUAAUACGCUGUAAAGAGGUAGCCAAUACAAAUGUCAUGUUCUACUUUGGAAGUGGGAAUCAAGGUUAGGCUUCUUCGUAAUGUGGUAGGUUCACCAAGUCACUUGCUUCUGUAACCAUUUAGCCUUAAGGAGUGUGAUUAUUGAGCGGUACUGGGGCAUGGCCGGUUGGUGUCCCAACUCCUUUGACAACUACAUAAUCAUGUAGGGCCCACACACUUGGUUUUGAACCCUACAUGAAAUCGUGGUUGCUAAUGAGUUGGGGCACCCCUAGCCAACCCCUAUUAGUCUAAUUGUGUAUACGUUAGUCUAAAAGUUGUACUAGACUAAGUAUGCCAAUUAAUCUAGGUUUUGUAUUAUUGUGAAAAAGCUUGUCUAUAAAUAAACAAGUACCUCAUUUGUAAUGGACAUGUAAAUUCGGAAUACGCUUACUCAUUCUCUCUCUUGUGAACAUCUCUCUUUCAAUCAAGCAUCAUUUUCUUUCCACAUUUCCCCUCGUUUAGUUAUCGGUAUCACAGCCUUCCACACGCCAUGAAACAAACUUAAGUGUCUUCUCUUUGUUUUCCUUUGUUUUUACUUCUCGUUUCUAGGAACCAGACAUUUUGUGAAUUGGUGACAUGGAGGAUCACUGCGUAUAGCUGUCAUGGACGAAUAGGAUUUAGGUUAAAGUAGGUGCAAUUGCUGAAAUUCAAAAGCUGCGAUUAUUGCAUGGGGACCAUCUUGUAAAGCAGUCUGAUGCUAUCAAUGGGUCGCCGGACUGGUCACACGGAUAAAUGCCAGCAAAUCAGGCAGUGGUAGUAGGAUACAGCGAGGAAUAGAGAUCGGAGAUCGUGCUUGUGGUGGUGGUGGUCUCCACUUUUUUGUACACGUUUCUGCCAAUAACAGUUGCUUUAAGUGAAGAUAUACUUUCAACAGCCCAUAGUUUGUGAAUUGAGUGCUCUUUGAUUUUUUUUCAUUUUGGCCCCCAUGUGUAUUAGCUUUUUAUGGCUUUUGUUUGUACUAGCUUUUUAUGGCUUUUGUUUGUAAAGUCAAUAUUGAUUUUUGUUAACAGAAGCUCCACAGCAGUAUUCAGUGCAGAAAAAUGUUUAUCCUUUGAACACUCGUGUAAUUACAGUGAUUGCCAUUUAAGAGGUUGCAAUUCUCUAAAA